UUUUGGGUUUUGAACUAAAUUACCAAGGCUAAAACUACACUGCCAGUCAUGAGCGGACAAGGUGAUCCGCUGUGGCGACCCCUGACCGGGAAAAGCCAAAAGAGAGAGAGAGAAAACUAAAUUACCAAGGCUUACAAUAAGUCUAUAAUGACAGACAUUACAGUUUCAUACUUCUUUGUCGUAAAAUGCGUGCUGAUGUUUCUUCACUUUUAAUUUGAUUUACAAAAAAAAAACUUCACAAGUGUUAUAUUGUUGUUGACAGCGACGUAGGCAGCACGGGCAUCUUCAUUCUUGAACGCGGAUUAUGCUGUCGGCAUGGUCCAGUGGUCUUCAUUACCGCCCUUUAUCCUUUCAGUUUGACAUACGAGCAAAGACAGCACUACAAUAUUUUAACCAUUAUGAACAGGCUAUUGGCUAUGAAAACUUUCGACUCCACAUUACAACUGUAGAACUAACGUAACUCAACCCACCACCAAAUCUGUUCCUGGGGAAGGAUUUAGAGUACGGACCGGAAAGGAGAAGAAUGACAUAUGUGUAGGACAGUGGUAGAAAGUUGCAUGUGAAGAGAGUCAGUUUGACAGUGUAAUUAUUUUAGAGACAUAUAUAUAUUAUACACAUAUUCUUGUCAAUGGCUGUUCGGAGUUGUAGACUGUUUUCGUGGAUUGGUGGGUGUCUAACAAAACGGGAUCUGAUUUGUGGCAAAACUGUUAAUAUAAACAGAGGACCAUGCUGGUUCUUUGUUCGUAGUGUGAAGAGCAGCACCUGGUGGGAUGAGCACCUUUCUGAAGAAAACAGCCAGUUUUUACGAAGAUUAAUCCCUGAGGAAUACAACGCCCUAGCAAAUAGCAAGCUUUGCCCACUGAAAGAUGAGCCCUGGCCACAACAGCCCUGGGUAGAAGGUUCGUUACGAGUAGGUCUAAUUGCUGUGAAGCUGGGGAUGAUGCCAGUAUGGACCAAAAGUGGUGAAAGACAUGUUGUUUCAUUACUUCAGGUAGAGGACUGCCAUGUCAUAAAAUACAUUCCAAAAGAAGAAUAUGAUGGGAAAUCAGCUGCUUUAUUUGUUGGAGGAAAAGUCUCUUCUCCAUUUUCUAGAUCAGAAUCUUUACUGCAAAUGUACCGAGAUGCUGGAGUGCCGCCAAAGCAGAAACUGUCAACAUUCAAAGUGUCUGAUAAUGCCAUCCUAAAGCCAGGUACUCCACUGUAUGCUGCUCACUUCCGUCCAGGACAGUACGUAGAUGUCACAGCAAAAACAAUUGGCAAAGGUUUUCAAGGAGUUAUGAAACGGUGGGGAUUUAAAGGACAGCCUGCGUCACAUGGACAAACCAAAACACAUAGGAGACCUGGAGCAUCUGGCCCUGGAGGGAAACCUGCAAGAGUGUGGCCUGGAAAGAAGAUGCCUGGGCAGAUGGGAAAUAUUUACAGAACAUCAUUUGGACUAAAGGUUUGGAGAAUAAACACAAAACACAACAUCAUUUAUGUAAAUGGGUCUGUCCCAGGACACAGAAACUGCUUACUGAAGGUCAGGGACACAAACCUACCCACUCGUAUGGAACAUAACAAGAAUCCUCCUUUUCCUAUUUUUGCUGAUGGAGAGGAACAGCUGCCAGAGGACCUAUACGAUGAGGAAAUGUUCCAAUUCUCUGAACCUUCUAUUGUGUAUUCUUAGUGUGGAUGGCCGAUCAGGCUGUCCCAGAGUCCCUUGCUGUUUCUGCAGCUUGUCCAUCUUGGGAGAGAAGACAGACAGAAUUACAUGAUUUAUAUCCAUGAUACUGUCUGAAACUUCCUCUAAUUGCUGGUUUAGAAAGCAAAAGUGUAUUAAAAUUAUUUUUUUGGCCAUCUUAAAUUUUUCAUGUUUCUGAACUACAGACUUUACUGUGAGCAACAUUGAAAUCAACUGUAAAUAAAAAUGCUUUUGUUUCAUAA